CCACGGGCGAAUAGUAACCAAGAACUGCAACAGCGGCAACAGCGCGGUAUAUCCAGUUGAGGCGUCGCUUGAAUCUGCAGCCCCCCUGGGCGAGACCACCCCCGCCGAUUCAGCUGUAGCCUGCAGAGCUACUUUAAAAGCCGGUGAGAGCAAGCCGCUCUUUUUUUCUUAACUACCUCCCCUUUCAAAAUUCACAGUCACUAUGAAGUUCACCCAGUUCACUCUGGCUGCGGCCGCGCUGCUGGCUACUGCUGCUGCGCAGGGUCUUGACUCUCUGCCUGACUGCUCCCGGAGCUGCGCUACCAGCAGUAUCCCCGCCAGCUGUGGCCUCAAUAUCCAGUGCAUUUGCGCCGACAAGUCGUUCCUGAGCAGCAUUGCCUGCUGCGUGGCUGACAAGUGCUCUCAGGCCGACCAGGAGACUACUCUCCAGGUCGCCAAGGGCAUCUGUUCUCGCGGCGGCGUGACCGACCUGCCCAGCACCAUCUCCUGCACUUCGUCCUCGGGCUCUUCCAAUGCUACCGGCACUGCCGCCACUGCUUCGGGCACCACGACCGGAAGCACCAGCGAGACCACGACUGGAAGCGCGCAGUCGACUGCCUCCAAAACCACUCUGUCGGGCUCCGUCACUACCACCGAGACUAGUGCUUCCACUACUGGCUCGGCCGCUUCGAGCGCUGCCUCUUCUGCUUCCUCCGCCGCCUCCUCUGCGGCCGCUACCACUGGCGCGGCUAUCCUUGGCCAGGCCCGGGACUCCUCCCUGAUGGCUGCUGCUGGUGCUGCCGCCGCCUUUGCCAUUCUCGUCUAGGCAUGCAAUGGGUCGGUAUGAACGAUUAAUGGGCGAUGGGAAUGAGAUGGAAUGAUUCCUUAAUGCUUUAGCAAUGAUUGCGCCUUGAUAGGCUAGUCUAUAUGUAAUAUUCAUGACAUACUUAGUCAAUGGAACGAACGGAGU